CAUUCCUCCACAGCUCCAGGGUGAUGAAGAGGUUAAGCCUGCCCCUCCGCGCUGCGCUCUCUCUCGGUUUUCAGCCCACCAGCCCAGCUGCCUCCUCCAAUCCAACCUCAUACGGCAGCUGAGCGGAGCGCCGAGCAGACAUGGACACAUCCACGCUUUAACUUUCGCCGCUCUGCCUUCUCCUGCCUCCCUUGCGCUGAGCUCCCAGUGUAGAGAAAGAAAAAAAGAAGACUUCACUGGUUGGCGGCCGCAUGGGAAUGUAAACAUUUCUUCUCCUCCUCCUUUUUUUUCCAACAAUUUCCACUUAAUCCCGUCACUUUCCGUGGAAGGGCUAUUGUUGUUCCAGGCUUCAUGCUCCCCUCAUGCGUCGGGAAAGCCAUGGCCUCUCCAAGCGCACAGCAGCACCACCACCAGCAGCAGAACCAGGACUACUUCAGGUCGGUGAGCAGCGAGUCCACCACCUACAUGAUGGUCCCCACGGGGAGCCCCGGCGGGACCGCGCGCCGGGAGGCACCGUCCAAGAUGUGGUUGGCCAUGGUGGUGAUCGUGGUGGUGGUCCUGCAGAUUGCGUCCACCACUGGGCUCUUUGUCUACCUGAACAUGUCCAUCUCACAGGUUCGUAGCCAAGGAGUGACAGAGGAACUAAAGUGCCUGAGUUUACUGAAUGCUCUGGACAAGGACCAGGACAUCCCGGAUCAGCUGGCCCAGCUCUUCGGGGAACCAUGCAUCAAGUUGGCCGAAGGCAUCAAGGCCUACAUCUCGAAGGUGACGGAGAACAUCAUCUCCAAACAAACCUUCAUUGAGGCGAGAACAAUGCCUCGCUCUUUCAACAACUCAAAGUUCAUGAGCUCCGUGGCCCAGAGGCCGUCUGCCCACCUGACUCUUCGGGACACCAGCUCUCAAGGGUUCUCUCCCUAUCCGAUUCCCACAGCGAACCUCCACCAGUCCUGUCGCCAUGUGGUCCGCUCGUGGGCCAAUCAGAGCUUUGGCGCUCACCUGCACAACAUGACGCUGACCAAUGGGAGGCUGCGAGUGCCUCAAGACGGGCGGUACUACUUGUACUCACAGGUAUAUUUUCGGUAUCCGUCUCCAGCAGCCAGUGACGGGGACCAGCGCAGCGUCAGCCACCAGCUGGUGCAGUGCGUCUACAAGAAAACCUCCUACCCAAGCCCGAUACAGCUCCUGAAGGGUGUGGGAACCAAAUGCUGGGCUCCAGAUGCCGAGUACGCCCUGCACUCCGUCUACCAGGGGGGCCUGUUUGAGCUGAGGGCCGGUGACGAACUCUUCGUCUCCGUCUCCUCUCCUACUAUGGUGAAUGCCGAUGAUUCGUCCAGUUACUUCGGGGCCUUCCGCUUGGACCUUUAAGAGAACAUGAUGGGAGAUGAUUGGUUAAAAAGAGACGCUACGGAGGAAAUGGAGACAAUGAGAGAGACACCUUUUUAAUAUCAAUUGAUUACAAUUGUGAGCCUCGUUCUUGACACACUAAAUGAGGAAAACAUUUGGGAAACCUGCAAGAGGUUUGGGUGAAAGGGAGAGAAUAGUGGAUUUGUCUUUCCCACUUCCCACUGAGAGAAAAAUCGGUUGAGAGACGUGCAAUCAUCAAUAUGAGAGGACAGUACUAAUUUGCAGUCGAUUCUUGCAGUUUGGAUUCCACAAAAGAAGAUCAUUUGGACACCCCCGCUGAAAACGAUCUCGGUGAACUUCCUGUUUUAAACAAACUUUGUUGUAAAAAGUAAUUGUACCCACGGAUCUCCGAACCAAAGAAUGUACACACCCGUCUUCUGCAUCAAAGAUGUGAAGAAGGGCUUUUGAACCGUAGCAGAAGAAACGCAAUGAUCAAACCAAAGCAAACUGUCUUGAGUUUAACUUUUCUAAGCGUGCCAUGAGAGUACUGUACAUAUAUAGGCCUUAAGAUGGGAUGUGACCUGUGGUGAUUUUAAAAAAAAUCUAAUUCAUUUGUAUUUUUACUUUGACUUGACCUGAAAACCACUUGGACUAGAACCAUGAACUGUAUGAAAAGUAUGACAGAGGAUAAGGAUUUCCUUUUCCUGCUGGAUACUGUAAGGAACUGUGAUCAGACUAGAACUUUCUGAAGAAGAGUCUGUAAAGAAAAGAGAAGUGAAAACAAAGAGGACAAAGGUGAAAUCUUGUAAAUGGCAAUAAGGAUGAGCCCAGCAAAGCAGAGGAAGAUAAAAAAAAAGACUCAGAGAGGCUCAGGGUGGCAUGCAGCCCAACCAGUCUCUUGCUCUGCCCUUCUGUCAAUGGUUUCUCCAUGUUUUCUCAUAAAAAGUUUCUUCUAUGUUGCCUUUCUUGUCUAACCUGUGAAGUUGCAUUAUGUUUUACUGUAAGAAAAGAAUCAGAAUGUGCAGAAAAACACUAGUUGCUCAGUUGCAAACAUUCACAUCUAGCAUGGUUGUAAAAGUUAAGUUGUGAACAUUUGUUGUUGUUUUUGUUUUGUUUGUUUAGGGACUACGUUGCAUCUAGCACCUUGUACAUUGAAAUACAUUCAGAGAAAUGUUCAAAUGCUAAAUUUAUCUCAAUUUUAAUCUUCCUUUAUAACAACCUCUUAAAAUUGGUGAAAGGUGAAAUUAACAUGUUCAAAUACUUGCAUCAAUGUGUGCCAGAGCAAGACUUUAGCCUUUUUUAAAAAUAAAUCAAAAGCCUUUUUGCUGCCUUCUGAUAAGCCACCACCAGAGGGUGCUGAAAGGUCAAAGGUGAGUUUAGUGUGGGGGGAAAAAAACACAUUAAUUUGAAAGUUUGGGUGGAAAAAAGUGCAAAUAUAUGCUUUAAUUUCAUCCUGUGACUAAUUCUGUUUAUUUUUUUCUGAUGUCAGUUUGCUAACGCCUAGUGUUGCACAGUUUUACCAGAUGAAUGGGAAGACAAAGGGCUUGCUAAGUAGAAGAGACACAUUUGAAAAAAAGAUCUUUUGAAAAAGCUGGGAAAACUCAAUGAGCACCUGAAGCAUGCGUCAGAUAAACUAGUAAGGGGGAGUGGACUCAUGGUUUUACAUUACAUAGAGUAGCAGAAGUACCAGUCAUGCUGUGCUAAGCUAACCCUGUCAGAGCAUAAAGUCUCAUCUAACUGAUUCACUCUAUAUUCUGUUAUUCGCAUUAGAUUGUUUUUGUCUCAUUAUCAAAAAAAUUAAGUUAAGCCGGUAAUAUGGAACAGACUGUGGAUAUUAUACCACACAGCUCAGCUACCAAUGAGGCUAGUUUAAGCUAACCCAAGUCCAUGUGCUAAAGGAAGUGUAGCUGAUUCACUUUAUUUAUUCUUUGUGCUCGUUUUGGCUGGUUUGGAUAUUGGUGUUUGGCAAACUGAUUUCAAAUAAUAAGUUGGCUAUAACUUAAAAUAAUAUUUCUGCUGCUGUAGUUGGCAUUACAAAGUGCUCCAUACGAACUACCACGCCUUGAUCUGCUACACAGAAAACCAACAUCGACGACUCUGGAGUCUGUUCCCUGUUAAGAUUUCAUUCGUUCAAUAUUUAUCCAUCUGAGAUGUGAUCUAUUUGCUCAAGACUUUGUGUUGUACGUCAUGUGGAAAAAGUGGCAGUUUGCAUUUGUUUACUUAAUUUUGUCAAGAAAUUGCAAAUGAUGUCAUAGAACCAGUUAAUUACUGUGAUAUAAUCCUUCCCCCAUGGACCAGGAGGCGUUAAAUAUAUUUUAAAAUCAAAGUUAAUGUUAGUAUUAGCUCCUCUGUUUACAUUAGAAAGAUGUAAUGUUGCCUUAAAUUUGUGGAAAAAAAUUAAAGAAAUUCUUACAGAAGUGCCUGCAGUUAGUCUGUACCAUACGUGUUUUUGAUUAUUUUAGCCGUUUAAAAUAAUUCAAACUGAAAAUGCAGACCUUGUACACUUUCACAAGAGACUACUGUUUGUCACAAUUAUCCCAGUUUAACAAUGGCCUUGCCACAGCUCUAAAAUUACAUCAGUUCAUGCCAAUAGCUAACUUACUAGCAUUUGGCAGACCCCGCUAACAGUCGGUCUGCUGGUUCCAGCCAACUAACAAGUCGCAGAUGAUGUGGUGAACUGUUGUAGUCGGCAAAGUCAACCAACCCAAUUUCAGGCUUCUAACAUUCUUUUGGGAAUGUUUAAUCUUGGGAAAAAGAAUACAUUUAACAGCAAAGCCUAGAAGACUUAUAUCUGCUGAUAUAAUAAUGUGUGUUUAUAUGAACAAGUUCAAUUUGAGCAGGCCAAAAUCUGUUAGCUAGCUGUUAGCCUUGUACUACAAAAUCUUUCUACUGUAGAUAAGGGAUCCAUUACUGAUAAUAACUUCACUUUAAGAAAUCCAAACUAUCUCUGUAACAAGCUUAGACAAUAAACUGUUGAGGUUAGCAUCCAUAACAUUAGGUUUCACUAACAAGAGGAUAUAAACAAAAAUCACUGGCUCUUAAGACAAUAAAUAAAAAAAUUCUGUCCAUUUUCCCUUUUUAUUGUAAAUUAGGGUUACAUCAACCAAGAAGUUACUCGUUAGGACCGCCCUCUUUUUUAUUUUUCUUUCCAGCCUAAAUGUCUUGUGGGAAGUAAAGCAGAAAAUGUAAUUGUCAGAACUGAAACUGGUGGUGAUAAUUCAAUCUAGAUGGAACAAGAUAUCAGGAAAUGUAUUGUCCAAAAAGUGCCUUUACGGUUUGUCAUUGAAUUUCAUGUUUGACCUACUUUGCAGUUUUGUAAAAAUUUUACAACUCUUACUUCAACAAUAAAAUACAAU